GCAAAUUGUAUUCGGGCCAAGAAUCUGCAUUAUUUCAUUGUUACUUAACUUCAACGCAUUGGAAGUUCUGGAGUAUCAAAUUAUAAUCUCCAUACAUUACAAACAUUUCUUUUCCUAUACAGCUAUACAAACAUGGUUGAUGCAUUUGUGGCUGAUCUUGCUAGUGGCCUGGUUGUCAAGCUUGUUUCACUUGCAGCUGAAGAAUUGAUCCAGGCUUGGAAUCUUCAGGAAGAUUUGGUAACGCUGGGAGAAAGGUUGGAAACUAUUGAUGCUCUCUUGUCCGAUGCUGAUAGCAAAAGGCUAAACAUGUCUGCUGUCCAGAGCUGGUUCAACAAGCUGGAGGAUGUUGCUCAUGUAGCUGAUGCUUUCAUGGAUGAACUUGCUUACGAAGUCACUCGGCAAAAGGUUGAAAAUCGUAGUAAGGUGAGGGACUUUUUUUCUACGAAGAAGAGCAUACUUUAUCGUUUUAAGGUUGCUCAUAAGAUCAAGUCUAUCCAUACUUCUUUCGACAAAAUUUUUCAAUUGGCCAGAGAUCUGGGACUUUGGCGCAAUUAACUACUACUGUGCAGGCCAGGGAAAUCCGCAAUACUCCCCCCUUUGAAGACGAGUCACUAAUAGUUGGAAGAGAUGAUGAAAUAUCAUUUUUAGUCAAAACAGUGUGCACAAAUCAUGCAGAGGAUUUACCAGUCAUUGCUGUAAUGGGGAUGGGAGGUCAAGGCAAAACAACUCUUGCUCGUAUGGUUUACAACAGAGAUGUUGUAACCGAUAUGUUCAAGAAGAGGAUGUGGGUCACUGUAUCGGAUGACUUUGAUUUCAUGAAAAUUUUAAAUCAAAUGGUAGCAUCACUCACUUCAACUGCUUCGGUGUUGGAAAAUACAGAGGGACUCAUUAAGAAACUUCAAAGCUUUCUAAGGGACGUAAAGUUUUUACUCGUCUUAGAUGAUGUCUGGAAUGAGAGAACAGAGAAGUGGAAUAAGUUAAGGGAUUCCUUGCUCGGGGUUGGUGGAGCGAGUGGAAGCAUGAUUUUAGUUACGACUCGCAAACAGAAAGUCGUUGAUGUCAUGCGCUGUUUUAUUACUCAUAGGGUGGAGAAACUAUCAGAAGAAGAUAGCUGGGAAUUGUUCAAGCGAAGAGCAUUUUCACGAGGAGGAGUCAUAGAGACGGCGAGAUUUGCUGCCAUGGGAAGAGAAAUGGUGGAAAGGUGUGGUGGCCUGCCUUUGGCAAUAAAUGCACUAGGGGGUUUACUGCACUCUAAGAAGUCUGAGCAAGAGUGGUUGCGGAUUCAAGAUAGUGCAACGUGGGAUUCGAACGAUGAUGUAUUGCCUUCCUUGAGGUUGUCUUAUGAUAAUCUACCUCAUUCUUCUCUAAAGAAAUGUUUUGCAUAUUGUUCAAUUUUGCCAAAGGAUUCUCGUAUCUCAAAAGAUGAAAUGGUACGUAUAUGGAUGGCAUUAGGAUUCCUUUUGCCCCCUAAAGGUAGCAAUAAGCUGAUGGAAGAUAUAGGGAGGGAAUACUUUAACAUAUUGUUGUGGAAUUGUUUGUUACAAAAUGGCGACAUACGUGAUUACAAGAUGCAUGAUCUGGUGCAUGAUCUAGCACUAGAUCUAUCCAGAAAUCAUUCUGCAACGGUGAAGGCUGAUGGUCAUGAGUUAAACGAUAUUUCCAAGGCCAUAUAUGUGAAGGUUGAUAAAGGGAUUACAAAUAUUAAGCCACCCCUUCUUAAGAGAAAUUUUGAGAAAGUACAAGUAUUAUACGCAGAUGCUCCCAUCGUCAAGGACUUGGUGCCUUACCCCAGUCACUUAAUUGGUUUGGUUCUCGAAGGAACCUUCGAAGAUGAUCCGUUGCCAAGUUCAUUGAGCACUCUGAAGUAUCUUAAGUAUCUGGAUAUCUCAAGAUGCUACAUGACUAAGAAUAAAUUACCUGAUUACAUUACGAGACUCUACAACUUGCAGACAUUGAGCGUUCGGAGUGUAACACAGCUUCCAAGAAAUAUUUGCAACUUAAUCAAUUUAAGACAUAUUCUGGUCGAUGCGCCUUACUACGACUUUGAGAAUUCGGACAUCAUCACUGUGUUUUCUCGGAUAGAGAGGUUAACUUGUCUCCAAACGCUGCCUUUUUUUAUUGUGAGUAGAGAUCAUCAAUGUGUUAUUGGACAACUGGGAAGUUUAAGAAAUCUUCAAGGUACUCUGACGCUUUAUGGCCUUAGUGAUGUAGAGAAUAUGGAAGAAGCCAGGAAGGCGAGUUUGCUUACAAAAUCGAAUAUUGAGCGAUUACAGUUAGACUGGAGAAAGAAUAAAGAUGUGAUGGAAGAAAAAGAAAACAACCAUGAGGAUGUGAUGGAAGGAUUAGAACCUCAUGCAAAUCUAAGAGAAUUGAUUGUUGAGAACUUUAUGGGAAAGAAGUUUGCAGCAUGGAUUACAAUCAUGACAAACUUGGAAGUUAUCACCUUCAUAAAUUGCAACAGAUGUGAAGAGUUUCCACAGCUGGGUCAUCUUCCUAAAUUGCGGAUGAUCGAUAUAGAAGGGAUGGAUAACGUCAAGGUUAUAAGCAGCCAUUUAUGUGGAGGUAGACAGGGUAGCAUUAGUGGUGAGUUAAAUGAUGAUGGGGCAGAAGAAACAGUUUUAACAAUGUAUCCGUCAUUGAAAAAUCUUUCUUUAAACAAUAUGCCAAAGCUAGAAGAAUGGCUAGACCCAGCCACGGAUACAAGCGAUGAAGACCGAAAUAAUGUGCUAGCAUUUUCUGAACUCGUGGAGUUAAUUAUUUGGGGAUGUCCAAAGUUGACAAGGAUUCCGGGAAGUUGUUAUCCGUUGAUGAAGACUCUGAAGAUCAAAGACUUGGACAACAGCAAGCUACUGGAAUCAAUGAGCGAAAAGGCAUGCGGCCUCACAGGUGUAUACCUCGAUAAUAUCAGUGGCAGAGUAGGAUGCUCCUCCUCCUCAUCUUGUUCUUCUUCAAGUAUGAACUGCAUAAUCGGCAAGCUCUUGAAAAACAAUUCUGUCUCUUUGGAAACUUUGAGGGUAAUAAAGUUACAGGGAUUGACACAUUUGACACUCGGCGCAGGUUUAAAGAGUUUAUGUGUGAGUGAUUUGCCAGACCUGAAUACUAUUAAUAUUGUCAAAGGGUCGGAUGCUCUAAAAUAUCUUUCCAUUUCGAAGUGUCUGAACUAUGAGGUGUUUGCCCAAAGUGUGAGUUGUACAAUUGAAAGAUUGGAAUUAGGACCAUUCUCAGAGGAUUUAGAUGAAUUCCCAUGGCCUUUGUCUUUUUCUUUUCCCAAUGUAAUCAAGCUAACAGUGAGUGGGUGGGAAAAGCUAAAGUGGAUAGUGGAUGAAGGCCAACCUGAUGAUUAUCUCUCCUCCAUCUUCCCUGCCUUGCGUCAAUUAUGGAUAGACAGUUUUAAAGGAGUGAAAUCUCUUCCCAUCUCACUAGCAAAGCUUCCAUUUCUGGAGAGUUUAUAUAUUUGGAAUUGUGGAAAUUUGGAGAGUUUGCCAAAGUUCCAUCACAACUUUCAGUACCUGGAUAUAAUUGGAUGUCCUAUAAUAAAAGAAAGAUACAGGAGGGGAAGUGGGCCGGAAUGGUCCAAAAUCCAACACAUCAAACAAAUAGUGGGGCUCGUUGAUCUUGCUAGUGGCCUGGUUUUCAGGCUUGUUUCACUUGCAGCUGAAGAAUUGAUCCAGGCUUGGAAUCUUCAGGAAGAUCUGGUAACGCUGCAAGAAAGGUUGGAAGAGAUUAAUGCUCUCUUGUCCGAUGCUGAUAGCAAAAGACUAAAGCUGUCUGCUGUCCAGAGCUGGUUCAGCAAACUGGAGGCUGUUGCUCGUGUAGCUGAUGCUUUCAUGGAUCAACUUGCUUAUGAAAUCACUCGGCGAAAGGUUGAAAAUCGCAGUACGUUGAGGGACUUGUUUUCUACUAAGAAUAGCAUACUUUAUCGUUUUAAAGUUGCUCAAAAGAUCAAGUCUAUCAAUUCUUCUUUCGACAAAAUUUUUGAAUGGGCUGGAAAACUCGGGCUUCAGCCUGUGGCGCAGUUAACUAGUACUGUGCAGCCCAGGGAAAUCCGCAAUACUCCCCCCUGUGAAGAUGAGUCACAGAUAGUUGGAAGAGAGGAUGAUAUAUCAUUUUUGGUCGAAACAGUGUGCACAAAUCAUGCGGAGGAUUUACCAGUAAUUGCUGUAAUGGGGAUGGGAGGUCAAGGCAAAACAACUCUUGCUCGUAUGGUUUACAAUAGAGAUGUUGUAACUGAUAUGUUCACCGAGAGGAUCUGGGUCUCUGUCUCAGAUGAUUUUGAUUUCAUGAAGAUUUUAAAUCAAAUGGUAGCUUCACUCACUUCAACUGCCUCCUCGAUAGAAAAUCCAGAAGGCGUCAUUAAAAAACUUCAAAACUCUCUAAGCGGGGUAAAGUUUUUACUCGUCUUAGAUGAUGUCUGGAAUGAGAGACCAGAGGAGUGGGAUAACUUAAGGAAUUCCUUGCUCGGUGUUCGUGGAGCGAGUGGAAGCAAGAUUUUAGUUACUACUCGCAAACAGGAAGUCGUUAAUGCCAUGCGAAGUUUGGGAAUUGUUCAAGCGAAGAGCAUUUUCACCAGGAGGAGUUUUAGAAACGCCAAAAUUUACGGCCAUGGGAAAAAGAAUGGUGGAAAGGUGUGGUGGCCUGCCUUUGGCAAUAAAGACACUAGGGGGAUUCAAAAUAAUCCAAGGUGGAAUUCGGAUGGUGUAUUGUCUUCCUUGAGACUGUCUUAUGAUAAUCUACCUUAUUCUUCUCUAAAAAAAUGUUUUACAUAUUGUUCAAUUUUGCCAAAGGAUUCUACUGUUUGGAAAAAUGAAAUGAUACGUAUAUGGAUGGCAUUAGGAUUCCUUUUGCCUCCUAAAGGUAGCAAUAUUCUCAUGGAAGACGUUGGGAGCGAAUACUUUAACAUAUUGGUGUGGAAUUGUUUGUUACAAGAUGUGAGAAGGAAUAAAUAUGGUACCAGUUGCAAGAUGCAUGAUCUAGUGCACGAUCUAGCACUAGAUCUUUCUAAAAAUCAUUCUGUAACUGUGGAGGCUGAUCAUGAGUUAAACCAUAUUUCCAACGCCAUAUAUGUGAGGGUUGAUGAAGGGAUUUCGAAUAUUAAACCACCCAUUCUUAAGAGAAAGUUUGAGAAAGUACAAGUAUUGUACGCAGAGGCCUACAUCGUCAACGACUUGGUGCCUUACCCCAGUCACUUGAUUGGUUUGGUUCUAAAACAUAGCUUAAGGGGUGAGUUGCCAAAUUCAUUGAGCAAUCUGAAGUAUCUUAAGUAUUUGGAUAUCUCAAAUUUCGGCAUUAUUUAUAAAUUGCCUGAUUACUUCACGAGACUCUACAACUUGCAGACAUUGAGCGUUUGGAUUACAACACAGCUUCCAAGAAAGAUUUGCAACUUAAUCAAUUUAAGACAUAUUCUUGUCGUUCAUGACGUUGAGUUGGGGAGUUCGGACAUGUUUUCUAAGAUAGAGAGGUUAACUUGUCUUCAAACACUGCCUCAAUAUGUUGUGAGUAGAGAUCAUCAGUGUCUUAUCGGACAAUUGGGAAGUUUAAAAAAUCUUCAAGGUACUCUGAAGAUUUAUGGGCUUAAUGAUGUAGAGAAUAUGGAAGAAGCAAGAAAGGCGAGUUUGCAUACAAAAUCUAAUAUUGAGCAUUUAAAGUUAGUCUGGAGCUGGAAUAUAGAUGUGAUGGAAGAAAAAGAAAACAACCAUGAGGAUGUGAUGGAAGGAUUACAACCUCACACAAAUCUAAAAGAAUUGGCUGUUGAGAUCUUUUGGGGAAAGAAGUUUGCAACUUGGAUUAUAAUGAUGAUAAACUUGGAAGUGAUCACAUUUGACAAUUGCAAAAGAUGUGAAGAGUUUCCACAGCUGGGUCAUCUUCCUAAAUUGAGGAAGAUCUGGAUAGAGGGGAUGGAUAACGUCAAGGUUAUCAGGAGCCAUUUAUGUGGAAGUCAAAGUAGCAUUAGUGGUGAAAAUGGGGAAGAAGAAACAGUUGCAACAAUGUAUCCGUCAUUGAAAAAUCUUCAUUUACGCAUUUUGCCAAAUCUAGAAGAAUGGCAAGACCCAGCUAUGGAUAAUGUGCUAGUAUUUCCUAAACUCGAGGAGUUACGGAUUCUAGAAUGUCCAAAGUUGACAAGGAUUCCGGGUAGUUGUUAUCCAUUGAUGAAGACACUGCAUAUCACAGACUUGGACAGCAGCAAGCUACUGGAAUCAAUGAGCGAAAAGGCAUGCGGUCUCAAAGAUUUACAACUCCAGAAUAUCAGUGGCGGAGUAGGAUGCUCCUCUUCUUCGAGUAUGAACUUCAUAAUGGGCGAGCUCUUGAAAAACAAUUCUGUGUCUUUGGAAACUUUGUGUGUAGGAAAGUUACAGGGAUUGACAUACCUGACACUUGGUGCAGGUUUAAAGAGCUUAAGAUUGACUAAUUUGCUAGAGCUGAAUACUAUUAAUGUUGUCAAAGGGUCGGAUGCUCUAAAAGAUCUCUCUAUUUCGAGGUGUCCGAACUAUGAGGUGUUUGCCUCAAGUGUGAGUUCAACAAUUGAAAUUUUGGAAUUAGGACGCUCCUCGGAGGAUUUAGAUAAAUUCCCAUGGCCCUUAUCCUUUUCUUUUCCGAAUGUAAUCAAGCUAACAUUGUGGGGGUGGGAAAAGCUAGAGUGGAUAGUGGAUGAAGGGCAGCCUGAUGAUUAUCUCACCUCCAUCUUCCCUGCCUUGCGUGAUUUGAGUAUAAGGAGGUUUGAAGGAGUGAAAACUCUUCCCAUUUCACUAGAAAAACUUCCAUUUCUGGAAAGGUUAUAUAUUGAGAGUUGUGGAAAUUUGGAGAGUUUACCAAAGUUCCAUCACAACUUUCAGUUUCUGAAUAUAUUUAACUGUCCUAUAAUAAAAGAAAGAUACAGGAAGGGAAGUGGGCCGGAAUGGUCAAAAAUCCAACACAUCAAACAAAUAGAUGGGCUUGAUUGAUGAGAGUAAUGUCAUGACAGUCAUAUUCACCCGCAAAGAUAGCAUAUCAGACAUGGCUGGAGGACGUGCAGAGGAUGCCACGUUAAUUAUGUGAUAUUU